AUGCAAGAUAACAGAAUAACAUUAGGGAUAUUCCUUUUUGGAUUUGGACUUUUACUCAAUUUCUAUACAGUUACAUGUAUGACAUGGAAUGUAGCUAGAGGAAAACCUGCAUAUCCAUCAUCAGGGAUUAAUGCUAUUAACGCUGUUGAUGGGGAUCCCUCUACGUGUUUUCGCACUAAAGAUGAUGGAUCUGAUUCAGAAGUAACUUUAACCAUCGACCUAAAACAGAUAUACAAGAUAUAUGGUAUAGCAAUAACAACAAGUAACCUUGGUUUACCUGGAGAAUUUAAAAAUUUUCAAUUACAAAUGCUUAACCUUCCGGGUAACAGCCGACCAAUGUGUUACAGAGAAAAUACCACUGUUCCAGAUUCAACCCAUGUUCUUUAUAUUUGUGAUCUAGAUGCAAUCGGCAACAUGCUCUAUAUAAACCCAAUGAACUCAUCGAACCGUGGCAUUCUUACUGUAUGUGAAGUAGAAGUACUAGCUAGACCGGUGGAAUUUGGAUUAAUGUGUCGAGAAUCAGGUUUCUCAUUCAAUGAAACUCCUACACAUGAAACUUCGCUCAUGUUAUCGGCUGUAGGAUGCGCAGUGAUGUGCAAACAAAUCGGAUGUGAUGCUUACAUUAGUAAAAACGAAAAUGCUGUAAAUGUUUGUAUGUUGUACUCUGGACGGAAAUUCGUUUUAAAUGGUAAUGUUAACUCGAAUUUUUACUUGAAUUGUUGA